CCAAGCUGCGAUUCUCAGUGAAAAUUGUGACUUUCCCCGUGCAUUUCCGCGUGAGUGGCUGCGUGUGUGCGUGCUGCGUCGAGGAAAUUCCCUCCACGCGUGUGAAGUGUGCUUCUGCGUGUUGUGCAAGAGUGCUGUUUUAACCGCUAUCUGGACACAGUCUCAAUCUCUGUAUCUCUCUCUCUGUUUCUGUGCCGCCCCCGUGCUUGUGCUUGUGCGUGACCCACUGUGUCCCCCCCAUGUGCGAUCAGGAGUGCGUGCCAUCCGUGGACACAACGGAGUGCGCCGCCAUGGAGGAUCUGGCCAGGCAGAACUACUUCCUUCGCGAGAAGCUGCGCGAAGUGACUUCCGACCGCGAUAGGUUGCUAUGCGAAGUGGCAAAUCUGCGCCUGGAGCUGGACAUGGCGGAGCUGAAGAGACUCCCGGACGACAAUGGAGUGAAUUUGCGAGGCAUCCUGUAUGCGACAUGCUCAGAAGGGCAAAGAAGGAGCAAGAUGGUGCGAGAGAAGGAAAGCCGAGACAUGACCGAAGUGCACUCGGGUGGCGCUUCUGGUUUUAUGUGGCGAGUGCCGAAGAACCAGAAGGAAACUUCCGAAGGGGGACGCACGCAUUUUGCAAUUGAAGUCAAAGAGAGAGAGCCAACACACACCAGAGAGUACUCUUGCCAAAAGGGAGGUGAACGUCCAAUUGAGCUGUUGACAAUAGAAGAGUUUUGGACACCCUGUGCAUAUCAAUUUUGUACAAUGCCUGAGCCGGACUUUCCGUUCGGUGACGGAAAUCGGGCCGUCGUGGGGCCCACGAUGGUGUUUGUGGGCGAUGGAAGGAGUCGCGUGAGACGUGUGGUGAGGACCACAACACGGCACGUCACUGUUGUGAGUUACACCUCAAACAGCUCACAAAGCAGCCGAACUCACACCAGUCACCAUGUCACGACAGUCAGUUUCCCACAGAAGGUGGCGGACCGACAGUCGCCGGCGUACGCCGUGCAGGGCAACACCGGCGGCUACGUUUAUCUGCAGCAGCAGCACUAUGCGCCGCCACAGCAAGUGGUGUACCAACACCAGAUCUGCCCAGCCCAGCAGGUGAUCCACUCGGGCCACCAGAACGUCCAGGCGGGCCUGCACAAGAAGGGCUCCGUGCGCAACGGCGGCGACGUGCUCAAGCGGACAAGGACACAGAAUGCGUACGAACUGUCGCAGGACUUGCUGGAGAAGCAGAUUGAAUUGCUGGAGCGCAAGUAUGGCGGUGUUCGGGCGCGAAAUGCCGCCAUAACCAUUCAGAGGGCCUUUCGCCACUACACGAUGGUGAAGAAGUUCGCGUCCAUCACGGCCAUGGCCAAGGCGGAGAAGCGCCUGAGCCGGCGUGUGCCCGGCCAGAGUCCAUCGGCGUUCACGGACGAGAAUGGACAGCUGAUCACGUCCACAUAUGUGGACUCUGACGCGCCCGCCAUCUCUGGCGGCGUGACGGUGAACGUGCAGCAACAGCAGCCGCAACGUGUCUGUGCCACAAUUACGGCGUCGCCGACGAGCCAGCAGGCGCAGCAGUGUCGCGUGGCGCCGGUGCGAUCCAUGUCGAUGCGCGAGCGGCGGAGUCUUGAUGCGAGCCCCAUUCCGCGCAGUCAGUCCGGCGCCACGUCACCCAUGCCGGCGGCGUGCUGGGCGCAAGGCCAUCAGCAACACGCGCAUCCGCACGUGAAUGUGCUGCACGCCGAGCAGCACUACUACAGCACGCCGGCUGCGCAGUAUCACCAGCCGUCGCUGCGCCAGGAGGACGUGAGCUUCAACUCCAGCGGCCAUCUGGACGCGUCGGCGCACUCCAUGAAUGCGUCCUGGAACUCUCACCAAAGCCCCCACACGCCAUACUACACCGCGGCGCAGAUCUACUCGCGGCCGCGCACGUGCAUCAACGCCAGUGCCGCGGCGGCUGCGGCUGCGGCAGCAGCGGCAGCGGCGGCGGCGAAGAGGACGCCGCCUGAGGUACCAAAGCGCACGUCUUCCAUCACCGCGGGCACACCGCGUGAUCUCAUGCAGCAGCGCGCGCUGCGGCCCAACGGCCUGUGCAAGACGGCGGAGAAUGGCAGCCUGUCGUCCGUGCAAUCGUCGGGCAGCGACAGCAGCGCCUCCACGGAGCGGAUGCAAUGCGAGGUGGCGUCCGAUCGCUCCAACUCGCCACAGUGGAAGCGCAAGCCCGGCGGCGUGCCGGCACAGAGUCCAGAUCCGGCGGGUGUGGGCGCGGCGGAGGCUGAGUGCCUGAGUUCGCACACAUCGGCGGCGCAGUAUGCGCUGGAGCAGCACGAGCAGAUCGCCACGCCGACCAGCUACAAGGUGAGCGAGACCAUCCGCAAGCGUCAGUAUCGCAUCGGGUUGAAUCUGUUCAACAAGAAACCCGAGAAGGGUGUGACGUACUUGAUCCGGCGCGGCUUCCUGGAGAACACGCCGCAGGGCGUGGCGCGCUUUCUCAUCUCGCGCAAGGGUCUGUCCAGGCAGAUGAUCGGCGAGUAUCUGGGCAAUCUGCAGAACCCCUUCAACAUGGCCGUGCUGGAGUGCUUCGCCGGUGAGUUGGAUCUGUGUGGGAUGCAAGUGGAUGUGGCGCUGCGCAAAUUCCAGGCAUACUUCCGGAUGCCCGGCGAGGCGCAGAAGAUCGAGCGUCUCAUGGAGGUAUUCUCACAGCGCUACUGUCAGUGCAACUCAGACAUCGUGGCCAGACUCAGGUCAUCCGACACGGUCUUCGUGCUGGCGUUCGCGAUCAUCAUGCUGAACACGGAUCUGCACACGCCAAACCUGAAGCCAGAGCGUCGGAUGCGCACGGAGGAUUUCAUCAAGAAUCUGCGCGGCAUCGAUGACUGCCAUGACAUCGACACGGACAUGCUGUGCGGCAUCUACGAGCGCAUCAAGGCCAACGAGUUCAAGCCCGGCUCAGAUCACGUGACACAAGUGAUGAAGGUGCAGGCGACAAUUGUGGGCAAGAAGCCGAAUCUGGCGUUGCCACACCGACGCCUCGUGUGCUACUGUCGCCUGUACGAGAUUCCCGACAUCAACAAGAAGGAGCGCGCCGGUGUGCACCAGCGUGAGGUGUUUCUCUUCAACGACUUGCUGGUCAUCACCAAGAUUCUCAGCAAGAAGAAGUCCUCCGUGACGUACACAUUCAGGAACUCCUAUCCGCUCUGCGGCAUGGUUGUCACACUGCUCGAUGUGCCAAAUUACCCGUACUGCAUCCGGCUGUCGCAGAAGGUGGACGGCAAAGUGCUGGUGACAUUCAAUGCGCGCAACGAGCACGAUCGCUGCAAAUUCGCCGAGGAUCUGCGCGAGUCCAUUUGCGAGAUGGACGAAAUGGAGGCGUUGCGCAUCGAGGCGGAACUGGAGCGGCAGAAGUCGAGCCGCGGCGGCAAUCGUAGUGGCAACGCUGAGAACCGCGACAGUGGUGUGGCCGACGUGGAAGUGUGUCCGUGUCCCUACCAGACGUCGCCCAGCGAUGCCGCGCAGGAUGCACAGCUGAAGCGCAGCGCCCUCAGCAACAGUCUGCUGGACAUGCACGAGCAAUUCGGCACAGAGAAGCCACAGCGGCGCGGCAGCGUCGGAUCGCUGGACAGCGGCAUGAGUAUCUCCUUCCAGUCCACCUCGGCCAGCAGUGGCUCGCGCAGUGACUCCAAGGUGCGCCUCAUUCAUCCGGCGGCGGGCGGCCAGGCGGCCAGCACGACGCCCGUGCAUCACGCACAGCCGGGCUUCCUGGGUGGCAUUUUCCACAAGCGCGAGCGCAAGCCGUCCCGCUCCGAGGACGUCGGCGCCUUUGGGCGCUCCACCGAGGUCUAAAGCGAAUCACAUUUCAGGCACCGGAGAGAGAGAUUCUAAGCAAUGGGAUUUUAAAACUUAAGGAUGUGGAAAGUCUGUAUAGCCAGAAUGCGUGUUUGUAAAUACUUCAACAACUCUUUGGUGGUUAAAAACAUAAAAACUAAUCUCCCUUCUGUGGCCCUUCGAUUUAUUUUUCUAAAGCAAAAAUAAUACUACACAAAAAAAGAGAUAAAAAAAACCAUGGAUUAGAAAAAAAAGAGGGAAGGAGAAAAAUGUAUGUGAGAAGAUGAAAAGAUUUUGUCUAGUCUUGAAAAAAAUUAUUGAGAGGAGAAAAAAAAUUUUGAAUUAUAUAAAUAAAAAUACACAUUUAAUCAUUAACUAAAAAAGAUUAAAAAAAAGUCAGGAUUUUGUGAGCAGAUUCUCAAAAGUA